AAUAAUUUGUGUGAUGGAGAAACAAUCUCUGUGUGUGUGUUGUUUAAGAAUUAUAAAGAGUCUCGUCAGUCCAGGAGAAAGAAAAAAAUGUAUUUGUUUUUCCAAUACUAAGAGCCCAAGAGAAUCUCUCUCUCCUUCUAGGUCUACUAGUGUGUGUGAGUAUUGACUACUGACUAGUCUACCAUGAAAUCUCACGUGCAAGACUCUGUAGCUUGUUGCUCUCUGCCCUUCAUAAUGGAGUCCAUGGAUGGAUAUUAUAUAAAGGUGAGUUUGUUUGGUCUACAGGGCACGAACUAGUUCUUCUUUCGCCUUUUCCUUCAGAUUUUGAGAGCUUUAAUUUAUUAAUUAGCUCUCUGUAAUCUUCUCAAAAAUGGCGUUAGAUGCUGUGAUUUACCCACAAGAUCCAUUCAGUACUUAUGGUUGUUCUGACUUUUACUCCAUGGGAGGAGCUGCUUGGGGGGGCUAUGAUCUUGCUCUGAAAGAAGAAGAUAAAGCUCUUCUUGGGAUUCUUGAUGCGAGUUGGGAUUCCUCGUCUCCUUCAGUGAUGCAGAGUUUUAAGGACUGCGAUCCCAAUUCUUCCCCUGAGGCGGCCUGCGCCGACGACCAAUCUUUUACGGGACUAAUUCACCCACCUCCGGCGACCACCACAGGCCGCCGCAAGCGACGGCGCACGAAGAGCAGCCGGAACAAGGAGGACGUCGAGAACCAGAGGAUGACCCACAUUGCUGUUGAGCGCAACCGCCGCAAACAGAUGAAUGAAUAUCUCGCCGUCCUCCGCUCCUUGAUGCCACCUUCUUAUGUCCAACGGGGUGACCAAGCGUCCAUAAUCGGAGGCGCAAUUAAUUUCGUGAAGGAGCUGGAGCAGCUUCUACAGUUCAUGGAGGGCGACAAGACGACAAAGCAAGAAACAGAGUCAUGGGUUUCUUCUAAUUCCCCGUUGGCCCAGUUCUUCAUCUUCCCACAGUACUCGACACGUGCCGCAGAAAACGAAUCUACGGCGGCUGCAGCGGCGGACAUAGAAGUUACGAUGGUCGAGAGCCACGCCAACCUGAAGAUACUCUCAAGGAAACAGCCCGGCCAGCUGUUGAAGAUGGUGGCGGCGUUUCAAACUCUGAGGCUCACCAUUCUCCACCUGAAUGUUACAACGGUCGAUCAAAUGGUCCUCUAUUCAGUCAGCGUGAAGGUUGAGGAAGGGAGCCAGCUGAAUACAGUAGAUGAAAUAGCUGCGGCCGUUAAUCAAAUGCUACGAAGAAUGCAGGAAGAAGCAGCUUUCACCUGAGAACUUUAUUACGCUACCUUUUUUCCUUUUUUUUUUUUUUUUUUUUUUUUUCUGUUUUCUUCCAGAAAUUUCUUUUGUAAUUGGGGUUCUCCUCUCCCUCUCAGAAUGACUCAGACUCGAUUCUUGUUUUAUUC